AUGAAAAUAUCCCUCCACACCCUAAAGGCUGGGAGGAGAAAGUGAGAAACGUUCUGCUGCAUUCCUGUUCUCUCCUAGUAAACCAUCGAAUGGAUUGGGUCUGAACAGGGACACUGGAAGGGUUGUGAACAUCAACAACACACACAAGCGCACCGAGAGAAGGUCCUGCCGUUGAUAGUUCCACAGGGACACCAUGACAUCCCAGAAGGAACCUCAAGGGGAAUUUUCAACCCUGACCAAGGUGACAGGGCCCAGCUCCUGGUCCCGGGUCAGUUGCCCCUGCUGUAUCUCCAGCCACAUAGAGCCUUUGGUUCUGAUCCAGCUGGCUGAGAGUGUCCAGCCCAUCACCAAACAGUGGAUCAUGUCCAUGAUAUCUGCACCUGUGAAGGCUGGAGGGGCUCAACUGUUAGUUCACCCCGGAGAGGACAUGAAAGGGGACAUGAUAGUUGUGGCUGCCCCUCGAUGUACCCUUCUUAGGGUGACUGAGGACCUUGGCCUCUGCAAAACCUAUCAAGAUGGAAACAUGACGGCCUUCUCCUUUGAUGACCGUGACAACUUUUGCAACAUUGAUGACAUGAAGAAGUUCCUGACGCUGGCAGAGAGGCAGUAUAUAGUCAAAUAUGAAUUGGAUUCCAUGAGAGCCAUUGAGGACCAGCGAAUCCCAGGAAUCCCAACACCCAAGGGGAAGUUGAAAGCCAGAGUGAGCAUCUUACAGAAGCUGGAGAAAGCAGGCGUGAUCCGUAACGUCACUCCUCUUCAUGACCAGAAGCUUCUGACGGCUCUGGGGAAGCAGUGGUACUCUCAGAAGAGUCUGUGGGGGCAGCCUUUAGACUCCAUCCAUGCUUAUUUUGGUGGCACUAUAGCCUAUUAUUUCAGCUUCUUGGACUACUACACUUUGUCAUUGUUUCCUCCAGCCAUUCUGGGGGUCUUCAUCACCUUUUUCCUCCCAAGUGCAAACUUCUCCAGUGGAAAUAAAACCGACAGCGAGCCGACAGCACUGAAGGACGACGAUGACCACCCUUCAGUCAGCUCCUACAUGGUGCAGGCAGUCUUCAGCAUGCUGUGGUCCACGAUAUUCAUGGAGCUGUGGAAGAGGAGGAGUGCGGCCUUAUCCUAUCGCUGGGGCACUUUCAAUUUAGCCGAACAAUUCCAAGAGCCCCGACCGGGUUUCCAUGGAGAAGUCGGCACCAAUCCGGUCACAGGCAGACUGGAGCCGCUGUUUCCCGAUUGGAAGAGGAGGCUUAGGAUGGGUCUGGUCUCAGUUCCCGUGGUUGGGGUGUUUUUGGGUCUGGUGGUCAUGGGGAUGGCAGGUUUCUAUUUCUGUGAGCGCCUGGUCUCAAACUGGCACAAAGGAUCUGGAUCAUACUUCACUGCACCCUUGGUAUAUAUCCCUUCUAUAGCCCAUAUAGUCUACACCAACGUGCUGGGGAAUAUAUAUCGUAACGUGGCCCUGCAGUUAACAGAGUCAGAAAAUCAUAGGGAGGAAUCAUCUUUUGACUAUCAUCAUACGACCAAAGUCCUUGUGUUCACCUUUUUCAAUAACUUUGCUGUGUUGUUCCACAUUGCGUUCUUCAAAGAGGACAUGCCUCUACUGCGCAAGAGACUGGCCUCUCUUCUGAUCGUGACCCAGGUAGUGAAUCAGUUCACUGAGGUGGUGGUUCCUUUCCUGGUGGACCGUUUCCUCACAUCGGCAGACAGGAACCUGAAGGAAGACGAUCCAGAGGUGGACCAUCUCCAGGCUCAAGGCAGCCUGCCAGCUUUCCCAGUGAGUAGCACUGUUCUAUAUUCUCAAAUAUCAAGAAUACAAGAACUGUAUUUUUCUUACAUUCUCAAUCUUGUUCCUCUUCAGGGGCUGUUUGCUGAGUACAUCGAGCUGCUUGUUCAGUUUGGCUACUUGAGUCUUUUCUCUUGCGUCUAUCCUCUCACCGCCCCUCUGUUACUGCUCAACAACCUCACAGAGAUCCGCACAGAUGCCUACAAGCUCUGCAAGCUCUUCAACAAGCCCUUCUCUGCCCCUGUGGCCAACAUGGGAGUAUGGCAGCUGGCGUUUGAGGUGCUGAGCUUCAUCUCGGUCGUGUCUAACUGCUGGCUGUUGCUUCUGUCCCCACGUGUGAAGGAACUCACACAGGAAGCCGGCCUCAGCAGCAGCCAAAUUCUAGUCAUUGCCGUCAUUGUGGAGCACGUCCUGAUCAUGGCAAAGAUGAUUUUGGCCUUCAUGAUCCCUGAUGAACCGGACUGGGUCCGAAUCAAGAGAGAACAAAUAGAGUUUCACUCGAUGCAAGCGCUUAAGAAACAGAGGAUCAAGAGCUCUCGUGUGGAUGAGAAACUCCCUCCGAAGGCCAAAAUGGGAGAGUGACCAUGGACUAUUUCCAUGGAGACAAUCACAAAAAAGGAGGUGCUUGGCCAUGCAGUCACAUCACUUAGCCACUGUAUACUUAGCUUGCUAAUGUACCAUAUGGCACAGUUUACCAAAGAUAACUUCUACAGUUUACAGGGUUUAAGCCACAGUUAAUAAUU